AUGUGCGAUCAAAGACCCGUUUUUCAAGGGUCUCUCGUAUUGGGUUUCUUCUUCCUCUUCUUCUGCAUCGUAAACGGAGAAGAAUGCUCAAAUACGAGCUCAUUGAUCGGGUACGAGUCCGAGUUCAAGAUGCUGCAGCACCAGCUUCGAGGGGUUUUCACCGUCGUUGAUGAUUGCUCCUUUAGGGUUUCUCGUUUCGACAUGCUCUCUGGCUCCGACGUUCAUUGGUGGGGUGCAAUGACUUCUGAUUUCGAGAACAUGACUAAUAACGGCUUCGUGAUCUCUGAUCACAAGCUGAAUCAAACAUUCAAUAACGAGUCUUUCGUCGUCCAUUUGCUGAGUAACGUUACGUGGGAUCGAUUAGGGGUGGUUUCGGUUUGGGAUUCACCUACUGCUUCUGAUUUUGGGCAUGUUCUGCUCUCAAACACCACAGAGCCAGAGUCGUCUUCUUCAGAGAGCAACGAUGUGGCUCCUUGGAAAUCUAAUAGCAGUGAGCCCUAUAAAGCUCCUACCAUGUUUGAUAACUGCAAGAAGCUUUCGGAUAAGUACAGGCUAAGGUGGAGCUUGAAUGCAGAGAAAGGCUAUGUUGAUAUUGGUCUAGAGGCUACAACUGGUUUGCUCAACUACAUGGCGUUUGGUUGGGCUAAACCGAACGCUACAGGGAACCUGAUGUUGGAUGCUGAUGUUGUGGUCACUGGAAUCAGAGAAGAUGGCUUCCCUUUCGCUGAUGAUUUCUACAUCACAAAGCUGAGUGUUUGCUCUGUCAAGGACAACUUUGCCUCUGGGGUUUGUCCUGACUCUGUGUACGACGGAGGAUCAGAUUUAGUUGGUGAGUCUUCUUCGGUGAACAACACUAAACUGCUUUACGGCCAUAGGAUAGAUGGAGUUUCGUUUGUUAGGUAUAGGAGACCGUUGAAUGAUAGUGACAAUAGGUUUGAUUUCCCUGUGAAUGCAACUGAGAACUUAACUGUUAUUUGGGCGCUUGGGGUGAUAAAGCCACCGGAUGUUAUCAACCCUUACUACCUCCCGGAGAAUCACGGCGGUUUGGAGUCGGAAAACUUCGGCCAUUUCUCUCUUAAUAUCUCUGAUCAUGUGGAUGAAUGUUUGGGACCGCUUGAUGCAGACAACAAGUAUGAUCAAGGCGUGAUCAUCGCUGAUGCCAAUGCGCCUCUCGUUGUCACUGCUGGACCGUCUGUGCAUUACCCGAACCCUCCAAACCCGUCCAAGGUUCUGUACAUUAACAAGAAGGAAGCUCCGGUGCUGAGAGUGGAGAGAGGCGUCCCUGUGAAGUUCUCAAUAGAGGCAGGGCACGACGUUUCUUUCUACAUAACUUCGGAUUUCCUCGGUGGGAACGCUUCUCUAAGGAACAGAACGGAGACGAUCUACGCCGGUGGGCAAGAAACUCACGGAGUACUGUCGAGUCCGUUGGAGCUGGUUUGGUCUCCGAAUAGGAACACGCCUGACCAGCUCUAUUACCACUCGAUUUAUCAAGAGAAAAUGGGGUGGAAGGUUCAGGUUGUUGACGGAGGACUCUCGGAUAUGUACAACAACAGUGUUAACCUCGACGACCAGCAAGUUAAGUUCUUUUGGACCAUAGUAGGAGACUCGAUAUCGAUCGCAGCUCGUGGGGAGAAGAAAAGCGGCUACCUUGCAAUCGGUUUCGGCAGCGAGAUGGCGAACAGUUACGCUUACGUUGGUUGGUUCGACAGAAACGGAACAGGGCAUGUGAACACUUACUGGAUCGAUGGAGCUUCCGCUUCCGCUGUGCAUUCUACGGUAGAGAACAUGACGUACGUGAGAUGCAAAUCCGAGGAAGGAAUCAUCACGCUCGAGUUUACACGUCCGUUGAAGCCGUCGUCGUGCAGUCAUCAGAACAGACCCGAGUGCAAGAACAUGAUCGAUCCAACGACUCCUCUUAAAGUGAUAUGGGCGAUGGGUGCUAAAUGGACGGAUGGUCAGUUAACUGAGAGGAACAUGCACUCGGUAACAAGCCAGAGACCGGUCCGUGUGAUGCUAACGCGUGGCUCCGCAGAAGCGGAGCAAGAUCUAAGACCGGUGUUAGGCGUUCACGGAUUCAUGAUGUUCCUCGCUUGGGGAAUCUUGCUCCCAGGUGGGAUAUUAUCAGCUAGGUACCUUAAACACAUCAAAGGAGAUGGAUGGUUCAAGAUUCAUAUGUAUCUUCAAUGUUCUGGUCUAGCUAUCGUCUUCCUCGGCCUCCUCUUCGCUGUAGCUGAGCUUAACGGUUUCAGCUUCAGUUCGUCGCAUGUUAAGUUCGGUUUCACGGCCAUAGUGUUGGCUUGCGCUCAGCCAGUGAACGCUUGGUUAAGGCCAGCGAAACCGGCUCAGGGAGAGUUGGUCUCCUCGAGGAGAUUGAUAUGGGAGUAUUCGCAUUCGAUCGUUGGUCAAUCGGCGGUUGUGAUCGGAGUCGUGGCGCUUUUCACGGGGAUGAAGCAUUUGGGAGAACGGAACGGAGCGGAAAACGUCGACGGGCUUAACUUGGCUCUUGGGUUAUGGGUGUGCCUUGGAGUGAUUGCUGUAGCGUAUUUAGAGUACAGGGAAAGAGGAAGGAGAAGAGCGAGGAAUGUGAGCAGAGGGAAUUGGGUUUUGGGGAAUGUUGAGGAAGAUGAUUCGGUUGAUCUUAUAGACUCGAGAGGUGGUUUCAGAGAUAAAGAUGGUGAAGAUGGUAGAAAUGGUGGAGGGAGGAUGGAAAUUCAGUUAGAACCGUUGAAAUAA